CGCUGCCACAAGGUUUUUUCUCUUCAAGGGAACACUUCGUACGGUACAACUAGAAUUGCAGCACGCAACAGAACAGAACAGAAAGUAACGUGCUACGAAACAACCAACCAGCCAACAAAACAAAACACAACCAACACAACACCGAAGCAUGCCUCGGUKGAAUUCACUUUUUCUGCUGGCCGUGGCAAUCGCCGCCACCGCCGUCGAUGCCUUUUACGUUCCGGGCGUCCGCCCCCUGGAACUGAAGGAGGGAGAACCCGUUGAGAUGAAGGUAAACGCCCUGACAUCGGUCCACACCCAAAUUCCCAAGGACUACUACCGCCUGCCCUUUUGCGUGCCCUCCGGGGGACCCAAGAUGGCCUCGGAAAAUCUGGGAGAAUUCCUGACCGGAAACAAGAUCCAGUCCUCGCCCUACAGCAUCAACAUGCUCACCGACGCGUACUGCACCAAGCUCUGCCAGAAAACGCUCAGCCCCGUCCAGGCCAUGACCCUGCGCAAGCACAUCAAGUACGGGUACCACAACAACUGGAUCAUUGACAACCUUCCCUCCGCCGCCGUGGGCCUCAAUUCGCAGACGAAAAAGAAACAGCUCCACUACGCCGGUGGAUUCCCCAUUGGAUUCCUGGACGCCAACACCGGACACCCGUACAUCUUCAACCACGUCAACAUCAUGAUCAAAUACCACCAGUACGACGAGACCAAAUCCGAGUACCGCGUGGUGGGCUUUGCAGUGGAACCCAUGAGCAUUAAGCACAGCUUUGCGGGCGGAUACGAGUGGGACGGCGACGACCCCGAGGGAUGGAGCAAGACCCUGUCGAGCUGCACCGACGCCUCCCAGCACCUCCACACCAGCCGCGAAUCCAUCGCAGCCUCCCAGAUCAUUGCCCCCAAUGAGUCGAUCAUCUUUACGUACGAUGUCAUCUGGGAGCAGUCCGAUAUUGCCUGGUCGUCCCGAUGGGACAUUUACCUCUCGGAAGACGACCUGGUACCGGCCGAGGUCCAUUGGUUUUCGAUCACCAACUCGAUCCUGGUCGUCCUCUUUCUGAGCCUACUGGUGGUGAGCAUGCUGGUCCGAAACCUCCGCCGGGACAUUGCCGCCUACAACGCGCUGGCCGCGCUCGCCGACGAAGAACGGGACGAGGACAUGGACGAGAGCGGCUGGAAACUGGUCCACGCCGACGUCUUCCGACCCCCGGACAACCACCCCAUGAUGUUUUGCGUCUGCUGCGGAGGGGGCGUCCAGCUGGCCCUCACGAUCUUCCUUUCCAUCUGCUUCUCGGCGAUCGGAUUCCUGAACCCGGCCCGGCGUGGUUCCCUCAUGAACGGAAUCCUCUCGUUCUACGUGCUCAGCGGAAUCCUGGCGGGAUACGUCAGCAGCCGGCUCUACAAGGCCUUUAAGGGACGCCUCUGGCAGCUGUGCACCGUCGUCACCGCCCUGCUCUUCCCCGGGGUUGCUUUUUGCAUCUUUUGCUUUUUCAACAUCAUCCUCUUCUUCCUGCACUCGUCGGCGUCGGCUCCCCUGCUGGACAUUAUCAUUGUCGCAGCCAUGUGGUGCGGGGUCUCCGUCCCCCUGGUCUUUGUGGGUGCCUACUUUGGCUACAAGCAAGAGUCCAUCUCCUUCCCAACCGUCACGUCCACGAUCGCCCGUGCCAUUCCGGAGCCGCAGCUCAUUAUGCACCCCAUGGUGGGAGCCCUCGUGGCCGGUGUCGUCCCCUUUGCCGCGGCCUACGUCGAGCUCUUCUUCAUCAUGACCUCCCUGUGGAUGGACCAAUACUACUACGUCUUUGGAUUCACCCUCAUUGUCUUUUUCAUUCUUAUGGUUACCUGCGCCGAGGUCACCCUUCUCUUGGUGUACAACCAGCUUUGCAUCGAGAACCAUCGCUGGUGGUGGUUCUCCUUCUUUGCUCCCGGAUCGACCGCCCUGUACACCUUUAUCUACAGCAUAUUCUGGUUCAAGGCCCUGGAGGCUUCCAAGAUGAUCAUGACGUACCUGCUCUACUUUGGAUACAUGGGACUCAUCUGUUCGGCCAUGUUUUUGGUCACCGGAACCGUCGGGGCCCUGUCGUCCCUGUGGUUCGUGAAGACUAUUUUUGGGACCAUCAAGGUGGACUAAGAGACAAAUCGGUGGUCCGGGUUGUCGAUCGAAGACAGUCUUUGUUUCUCGGCGUGGGGCGGCAGAAUUUUCACCGAAUCAACCGAAACACGUGGCCGCUGCGAGUUUGAUCCGUCACAAAAACACUCCUCGAAGCAAACGCACCGAACACCAAUACGUUUGAAUUAAGUAUUUUUAAAACUCAUUUUAUUGCUUUCAAGAUGCAUCUUUCGUGGUGCGUUUUUGGCGUCGUGUCAACCAGAUAGCUCGGACGGUGCCUCAAGAGUUCUUCUGAAUCUUGCUUUUGUGCGAUUUUGUACUUUUCAGUCUUUUUCUGGGUUUUCAGUGGAGAUUGUUCUUGUCGGAGAAGUUCGUAGUCUUGUACCGUAGCAACUCAUACAGA